CCAGACUCCCCGCUUACCAUUCGCAAAUGAAUUAAAAACCAUUACAUUACUCAACAUGUUAGCACCAUCAAUGGAAAGCGAGAAUGAACCUUCUACAGCUGAGCUGGCAAUCCACCGGCACCAGACUAUCCCUACGAGAGUUCUCGAUACAAACUCGCACCUAAAUAGCAGUGUUUCGUCAGAACCAGAAUCAACCCAUAGGAUCCGCAGGAUCGGUAGAGCGUGCGAUGAAUGCCGGGGGAGGAAAAUCAAAUGCGAUGGAAGACACCCGUGCCAACAUUGCAGCUUGCUCGAACUAGACUGCACCUACGAUCAACCGAACAAGCGGUCGUCACGUCUCUCCCGAAAAGAGAUUGACGAACUAGAAUCCAAGCUGGAACGAGCCCAGAGUCUCUUGAAAGCACUUUUGCCGAAUCUAGACGUCGACAACCCGAAUCUAGAUGCUAACACAUUGAGCAAAUUGCGACUACCUAGCACUGAAUCCCAGACUGUAAUACAGACUGGCGUUGGCACUUCGGAUACAGCCACACGGAGUUUGCCACACGAUGGCACCGAGAAGGAUGUCGCAUUAGAAACUGUUCUCGAAGCGACUGGGCAACUGGAUCUUGAUGACCUAGGCAACUGGAGCUAUCACGGCCAUGGAUCAUCAUCUGCCUUUAUACGCCGCCUGGGAGAACAAUUCGGUAACAUUUCAGACUCAGGUGUUGGAAAGAAUACGGUGCUCAGGCUCCGGUCAAUGCCCCAGAUCCGCGAGUCGCCAGGAAGCUCAGAUGACCAAUCAUGCAAAAGCGCAAUGCAGGACUCCGUCCCACUACCUCCACGAGACGUUGCGCUGGAUUUAACAUCGAGUGCAUUGAAUGAGGCAUGUGCUAUACUCAGAUUCAUCCAUCAGCCAAGCUUUUAUUCCAUGUUUGACCGGUUGUACCUUGUCGACCCUGAGCAGUAUGGCUACGAAGAGAAUAUGUUUCUGCCGCUACUUUACGCUGUUAUUGCUGUAGGCUACCUAUUUUCGAACAGUGAGCGGGCUUAUUUCGGCUCUGCACAUGCUGUAUCUGAAGGGGAAAAAUACUUCGUCGCGUCUCGACAAAUGCUUGAUCUCACGGAAUGUCGCGACCUGUGGUCACUCCAAGCGGUCGUGUUCAUGAUCAUCUUCUUACACUCAUCGGCGAAAAUGUCCACUUGCCACUCGUACCUUUGCGCAGCGAUGGCUGCCUCUCUGCAGAUGGGCCUUCACCGCCGUGAACCUGAAGCUAUGAACCCGAUCGAGCGAGAAAGUCGAAAGAGAAUCUUCUGGACGAUCCGCACUAUGGAGACUUACAUUGUUGCCAUCCUAGGGUUACCGAGGACGAUAGGAGACGAUGAUAUUGAUCAGGAGAUGCCCUUGGAGAUUGAUGAUCAGUAUAUAACUAAGGAGGGCAUACUACCAAUGCCAGAUGGGCAAGUAUCGAUGGUCACAGGGUUUAACGCUCACACAAGGCUUGUUCAAAUCUUAGGGAAGGUCAUAACGAAAGUUUAUCCCACGAAAUGCAUGCAAAAGGAGGUCGCGCAGAGACCAAGAGCAUAUGUAGUCAUCGAUGCGAAGGUUCGUGAGGUAGAGGGAGACUUACAGCUCUGGGCCACGAAUCUCCCGAUGCACCUCCGGCCAGGUGCAGACUCGCCAAGAGAGCUUCUGAGGGUACAACAUCACCUCCGGCUAGCCUUUACGCAUGUGCAAAUGGUUCUCUAUCGGCCAUUCCUUCACUAUAUCUCGCACUCCAAAACGGAUUCACCAACAAGCGGACAGUGUUAUGCUUAUGCUGCGGCAUGUGUGGAUGUCGGCCGAAAUAUCAUUCACAAUGCACGACAAAUGGAGAAGCAGGAUACGCUCAAUGGGCCAUAUUGGUUUUCCAUUUAUACGACAUUCUGCGCAACACUUGCCCUAGUGUUUUACGUCUGGGAGAAUGUGGAAGUGGAGGGAACCUUGCAGACAUUGAAAGACGCUGAAUAUGGCCGGGACGUGCUUGCAAAACUUGCUUAUAAGAGUAUGGCUGCAGCCAGGCACUCUGAGAUAUUAGCGAUCAUAUUCACGCGGCUUCCGGGAAGAUUAGGGAAAGCCCAGGUGACGGCGCAAUCGAAAACUCGGAGAAAGCGCCACACAUCGUUGUCGAAAAAAAAUAAAGCUCGAGAAGCCCACAGCGAUCAAGAAGGGACUGACCACAGCUCAUACGAGUACCAGCCGCAAACUAGCACAUCCGUUAACCCACAAACCUCCACUCAGGCAAUUGAUUCGGUGGAAUUAGGUAGCUCUGCAUCUGUGGAGACCCCACAGGAGCCCUGGCCUGUUCCUGAGACAUUUUUUCUGUGUGGCGAUUUCUCUCGGUUUCUGGGUCCUGAUUCGAUUGAAGAUAUGUUUGGGCGCCAACCCCUGUAUCUUAAAGGCGGCUUGUCCCCAGAUUUUGGUUCGACAGUUAUGAAUCCCCCCCAAAACGUUGACUCCCUAGAUCAGUAUGUGAGCACGUUGGAUAUGCAGAGAGGGCAGAUACACCCUCACGAUUUCACAGGAAGAUUGGACAAUGCUGUCAUCGAUAACAUUGGCGAGCCAUUUGUUCCUUUAUCUCCAUACCUUUCACAAAUGCAUGCACCUAGUGGUAAUUCUUUCGUGUCUCGUGAGUCUAACAGACUCUACACAGGAGAUUACUAUGUGGUGGAUCAGAAUGAUAAUCUACGAGAGAUAUAGCUCCAAAGUAUGACGGAUGGUGUGGCUUUUGCCGCAUCUCAUCUGCAGAUUCGCUAUUACGAUAAUUGGGACGGAAUACUACACGCCACGACGGUUUUGUCGCCGACAUUACUUUUAUAUCUACAUGUUCAAGGUUGAAUUCGACGGGAGAGGCCUGGGAAGUUUAUGUAAAAAUAAUGAUUAGAACUGCAACCGUGAGGCCAUUUGCAUAGACACGAGCUUGAGCGAGCUUCUGCCUCGUUGCAAAAUUCGAAUAUUGCUCCCCACAACGACAAAGGAUGUAACUAUGCUCACAGUCCGUGACGAGUAGAUACUGCUAUACUUAUUUUCUCUACUCCAUCUCCUUGCCUGUUGCGAGAUCGAAUGCUAUUUCGCAAAUUCAGCGAGGUCUCGUUGAGCAUCAUCAAUAUACCUCCCACAGCGGGCAAUCCAAAAUCACUCGAACUCUGUCUGCACUGACGAUAGCACCAAAGAUUCCAGCGGACUUAGAAGGGUAUAAUUUCACAGGUAACGUCAACCUCUGAAUGAUGGCGGUAUUCGACAACUAUACAGCCAAGUCCUAUCGCCACUCCAACAACACCGCCGGUUACGCCGCCAACGAGCAGGGUAAAGAAGUGAGAAAUAAAUUCUUCCUUUUUGAGGGCUGUCAUGUCGAUUUAUGGUGACUACUGUGAGAACGCCAGAUAAGCUAAAUAGUAUAGCCAUAGAAUGAGCGUAAUAUAAUUUAGAGACCGAAACCAAAUCAGAUUUAGUUUCCGCAUAUCAUCCGUCGGAAAACACCCAGCCCACAACCGGAGAGGCCCGGCGGCUAGCAACGGCUCACCUACCCGCUUGAUCCGCCUAUCCGGACUGAGGGUCGGGCGGAUAUCCGUAAAGUGGUCUGCGUGACGGUCCUAACCUGGAACUAUGGGAACGUGAGUACGAUUGCAAGCGUUGCGGGCCAUUGCUUAUUUUGACCUUAACUCGACGAUACCACGAGAUAUCAGACUAUCUCGUGUACGCUAGCCUAGCCUAGCACCAGCACAGAUUCAACUCUCGAGCUGGGAUAGUACAUAUAUGGGGAGUUAGGGGCAGAAGGAGAGCCUAUGGCUAUAGUACUCCUUAAGACUAUAGUUACCUUUGAACUUGGAACAAGGGCUAAUACCAGCAGAAUUUGGAUAGCUUAUAGCUUAGUGCAAGAAGCUUAUAAAUAAAACAACAAUAACAAUAACUAGGAUAGGAUAGGACUAGGACAGCAGUAGUUCUUGUCAAGCCAGUCGUGAGGUUAAUGUAAAUGCCAGCAAAUUGAAGGGGAUGGUAGUAUGAAUAAUUUCUCAAUAGUAGGGUUUUUAAAAAAGGUGGAUAAGGUUUUAUUGCUUAGACUGUACUAAAUAGGGA